UUUCCAUCCGAAUCAUGGACCGUUGCCUGCCCGGUAGCUCCCCAACCCCCAUUCUCUCCCCUCCUUUUUCCCAGGUCCAUCUUUUUCUCCCUAUGAUAUAAAUCUUCUACAGCCUUUUUUUUUCUCUUCUUCUCUGCCUCUCUUUGUCCAUCCUCCAUACUCACAAAUCUCUCUAAGAUCUGAGGGAAUUAAGAAGAUGAUGAAUCGUUGCGCGGGUAAGAAGAGCGGCUUCGCGGCCUGCGAGGAGAUGAGGGGCGUCGCGGAGCCGCACGGGCCGGUGGUUUGCCCGAAGCCCCGCAGGCUAACCCAGCUUGCCGUCGGCGUCGACACGCUUCGGCCACCACGGUGGCAGCCCUGUUCUCACGCGGAGCUGCCUUGUGAAUCCAAAGGCGCCACGGAGCUUCUAGAUAUUUUUCUGACAAAGGGUGGGGAGGCGAGCCAGGUGGCGUUGUCGUCGCCGCCGUUCUUCUGCGGCUCGCCGCCGUGCCGGGCGUCGAACCCACUGGUCCACGACGCGAGAUUCGGGGAGGAUAAGCCAAUCGGGCCGUUCCUUCUCCCACAGGCCAUCCCCCCUUGCCCACCGGUGGGCCCACCGGCGACGUCAUCUUCCAGGAAGGGCUGCGGGCCCACCAAGUUCGGGCUCAAGCCGGCCGCCAUGAGGAUCGAGGGUUUUGAUUGCCUCGACCGCGAUCGCAGGGGCUGUGGCAUCACCGCCAUCGCCUAAAAGCCAGGUCUGUUAUCCUUAAUUAACGAAGAACAGCUGGAGAAGGGUGAUUAACGGCAUCCAAAGUAAACGUUAGGAGCUGAGAAAUCCUUGUGGUUAGUGUACAUAAGCUGCAUUAUUAAUUAGCCUUCUACUGUUGAUAUCUAAAUAUUAGGUGUAAAUACGAGAAUAAUUGGGGAGGAGGAGGAGGAGGAGGUUAGGCAAGCUUUUUCUUCUCCUUUUUUUUUAUUUUUUUUUCUAAUUCUCCUUUUUUAGGUAGUUUUUGCAUUUUUAUAUCUGCUGUUUUCUCCAAUCCAUUCUUAGAAAUUGAGUCUACUGUGAUUCAAUUCUAUUUUGGGGUUCAAAUUGAGGCCUAUAAUUUGUAAAAAGAAUGGGUGGGAAGUAUGGUCGAGCUUUUGAGUCAUGGGACCUGUAUAUAUAGAUUUAUUUAUGCCGUGGUAGUGGUAUUCAUAUUUUGGCCUGUUUAGCAUAUUUUCUUAAUUUUUA